CCUCUGCGCUCACCAGCAUGCUUUACUUCCAGAUGGUGAUCAUGGCAGGGACCGUGAUGCUGGCUUAUUACUUCGAGUACACGGACACCUUCACGGUCAACCUGCAGGGCUUCUUCUGCUACGAGGGCGCCUACCGCAAGCCCUACCCGGGCCCGGAGGAGAGCAGCGCCGUGCCCCCGGCGCUCCUCUACGCGCUGGCCGCAGGGGUCCCGGUGCUGGUGAUAAUCAUUGGAGAAACUGCAGUGUUUUGUCUACAGCUAGCUACAAGGGAUUUUGAAAACCAAGAAAAAACCAUAUUAACUGGAGACUGUUGUUAUAUAAAUCCACUGGUGCGCAGAACCAUCCGAUUCCUUGGAAUCUAUGCAUUUGGACUGUUUGCUACAGAUAUCUUUGUAAAUGCUGGACAAGUAGUAACAGGGAAUCUUGCACCACAUUUUCUUGCACUUUGUAAACCUAACUAUACAGCACUUGGAUGUCAACAGUUCACACAGUUCAUCAGUGGUGCACAUGCCUGUACUGGAAACCCAGAUCUUAUUAUGAGAGCCAGAAAAACAUUUCCAUCCAAAGAAGCAGCUCUCAGUGUAUAUACAGCUACGUAUCUGACUAUGUAUAUUACCAACACAAUAAAAGCCAGAGGAACAAGGCUUGCAAAACCUGUUCUGUGCUUAGGCUUAAUGUGUUUGGCAUUUCUUACUGGUAUCAACAGAGUAGCCGAGUAUCGAAAUCACUGGUCAGAUGUGAUAGCAGGAUUUAUAAUUGGAAUAUCAAUAGCAGUGUUUUUGGUUGUAUGUGUGGUAAAUAAUUUUAGAGGAAGACAACCAGAACAUGAAAAUUCUCAUAUGGAUAAUCUGGCCCAGAUGCCAAUGAUCAGCAUCCCACGAGUAGAAAGUCCUUUAGAAAAGAACCACAUCACGGCCUUUGCAGAAGUCACAUGAUGAUGAAGCUGAUGUGUAUUCACUACACUGGACAUCAUCUCUUUUCACAGGCCACUCAUAAUAACGGAAGUGUGUUGAAAAUAAGAGUAAAAAUUGUCUGAUUUAUAACUUAAUUUUUACAACAUUAAAACGACAUCAAUAUUUGAAAAAUACUUCUUAAAUAUUAGUCAUUUUACUUUCCAACAAAACCAUUGCACCAUUAUUUAUGUAUUUAUUUAUGGGAGCGAGGGGGAGGGAGGGAAUCUGAACAUUAGUCAUGUUUGUAUGACAAUGCCCUCUCUAGCCUUUUUUUUUUUGGCUAUUUAUCAUUUUAAUUAUUCAUAUAUCUAUUCAGCAGUACAUCAUUUUCUGAUUGAUUUGGAUUUUUAAAUCUGAGUUUUUAAUUCAGCAUGACAUUGUUUCCAUUGGAGCAGAUUUCAGUGUAUGAAAAUUUUUUAAAAAAUUAUGUUCUGUACUAAAAUGCUAUUUGCUCAUUAUAUUAUGCUGUAUUUCACUUAAGAUAUCAUUCAUACCAUAUGUUACAUGUAAGACUGGUGCUUCUGCUUUUGAAGAGAAAAAAUGCCAAUUUUUACUGUAAUAAGUAUUGUAUCAUAAUUAAAAGUUUAUUUGGAUAUUUUCCUGAUUUAGGUGUAGUCAAGUGGGUUGAUAUGUAGUUCCUGAAUGUCUUGGAUGAUGUACAUUGUAGCUAGGAUAAAGGACAUGAUAAAAUAUAGAAAUUCUGGCCAUUGGUAUAUAUCCUUUUUUAGUAAUGAUUUCUCACUCUGAAUUAAGGGCUCCAUUCUUAGUCCUAGGAUAUCUUAAUUAUUUCUGUAACUAACAUGAGAAGUACAGCUAUUGCAGAUCUUUGAAACUACAUGGAGUCUAUAUUCUCCUUCUGAAUAUGUGUUAUGCAUCCCAGGGCACCCAACUGGCAUGCUGGAAGUGUAUGUGUCAAGGUGAAUGGGGGUUAAAGGAGGGAACUAGCCUAACAAGCAAUUUACAUAUUUCUAUACCCUAUGCUUUUGUUUCAGGGAAUUUGUGGGAAAUGUGGCUGUGUAAAUAAGAGGUAUCACAGAUAUCUUGGUCCAAAUUGCUAAAGAUAUUUAGGCACUGCUGAGUUCAGGGCUGUCAAAAACCUUUUGGCUCCUACGUGCCUAAAUCCCUCUUGAAAAUGAGGUGUUGCAAUGCUGAGUACAGCACUUAAAUACCUGUAAACAUCCGGUCUCUUUAGCUAACAUGACCAGAACUUAUAUAAUCAAGCAUAAGGGGGUCUUACUGACCUUGGAAGCAUACCAGGGAACAUAUUUCAAAUUAAUGCAUUUUCCAACCAUUUCUGUAGUGUGUAAGCGAGAACCUGACUUGUCUUUAACUUCAUGCAUUCAUAUCUUCUUUUUCACUUAUUGUUCACGAUCAAACCUACCCAUUGGAAAGGCAAUCCAGUUCUCCAUUAAUGCUGAAGUUGGCCCAUAUAGAGGUGGAGAGCCCAAAAGGGUUUGCAACUGUUUGAAUGUCUGUUGAGACAAGUAGAGCAUGCCAAGCCUCACAUUUUCCAUGCACUAACCAGUGGUGGAGGCUGCCCAACCUAUAUAAAAAAACAAGACUCUGUGAUGUCAAGUGUACAUGAAAUGUUUAAACCUAUACUUUCCCUUCAUUUGGUCAAUAAAGGGAAUGCCCAUUUAAUCUCUACUUUAAUAACCUAAACACUGCCUGGAGGACAGAGCAGGAUCACACAGUGUGAAUAUUGUUUGAAUAGAACAGAGAACGGAUCAUACACUUAUCCAGCUAAACUGAAAAUCCAGAAUAAAGAUGCAUGUAUGUGGGGAAAAAAAACAAGAAUAGAGCCCUUCCCCACCACAAUGCUACUUACACUAUUGACAACAAUGUUCAUUAAAAUAUUAAUUGUUUAAAAAAUUGUAGUAUUUUUCAAAUGUGUGUGUGCCACCCUGCUAAAUACAUUUACCCUUCUUGCUCUAGCUGUUUAGGAGUCAACCCACUACAAAUUGCUCUAUAUGCAGCUUUAAGUGAAAUCUUCACUUUUUUUUUUUUUUGCAUGGCAGUGAUCCUGCAGAUUUUAUAUAUUAUUACCAAGAGGGUUUUUUAUGUUGAGAUUUUUUUCAGCAUACUGUAUCUCUCUCUCCCCCUCUCAGGGAUCUAGGCCAGUCAAGUAUUUGGGUUAAAUUGAUCAGAUGUUUUUGUUGUGAACUGACAGUGGAUAAACAAAAAGCGACACUCUUCCGUGUACUAUAUUUUUAAAUAACUUUUUUUUCAUUUAUAGGUACAGUAUUUUUUUAGACAAGUGAUCUGGGCCAGUAGUCAGUUGAUUACUCAUCUUAUUUACUUGUAGACUGAGUAAUUUAAAAGUUGAUGUUGACUGACUGUCUUCAUUAUUAUAAGAUGCACUAGAAUUCCAUCAUAUACCUCCACAAUAUUUAACCAGUCUUCAUCUACUGUGUACAGCAGAGGGGCUGGUCUUACUGCACUUUAGGUAGCAGUCGGUAAACAUACCCACUAACCACUUUCUACCGUGUCAUUUAUCUCUUUGUUUACCCUGAGGGCUUUUUUUUUUAGAUGUACAUGGUACCAUGCAGGAUUGAGGAUUCCAUUUUGAGUAGCCAUCAUGACCCUCCUGGAAAAUCUAUUAGCUAGGGCAGUGUUGUUCCUAGUAAAAUAUAUUGGAUGACUGUAAAAUGUCAAUUAUUUUCAAAUGCAACUAUUUUCAUGAACUCUUGAUGGGCCUGUUUUGAUCAUGGUGCAGAACACUUCAGUGCAGCAACCCAAUUUGUAUGUUUUAAAGAAGAGAUGCCUACGAUGCAGAAACCAGCUCUGAUACUAAACUUGGAUUAGAUUUUUAUCAGAAAAUGUCAGCAAACAUUGAUUUCACCAAACACAUACAAACCAAUGAAAAAACAUCUCAAUCCAUAAUCAAAAUUUACAGUUAUGCAAAGGAAGAAAGACACCGCUGGAUAACUUAGCGUUUAAUUUAAGGGACAGUAUUUGUAUGUUUGCAUAUGUGAUGUUGACAAUUUUGUGCUUUAGCAGUUAUAAACCUAAACUUUUUGAAUCUCAACAUCUAUCAUUAAAUAAUUAUUGUCUGGUAACCCCCCCCAGUUUUCUGCAAAUGUGAAAACUUAAAUAAAUCAAAAUGUAAAAAAUGCUUAAAUCUUUCAAAAUUAAAUUAAAAAAAUGAAAUUCUGCCAAGCUUAUAUAUGCUCUGCUGUGUCCCUACACAGUGAAAUUCAUAAGGCAUAUGGAGACACCAUCUGGGCUCAUAUCCAUACCAUUUUAGAUGGCUUGAUAUGGAUUCUGCAGUUUGUUUGUAAUCAUGCAAUGCACAAGACAUACGGAGACA